GCUUGCGCCUGCCUUCAGCCCUCAGCCACCGUUCUAACAGUAUCGCCGCGUCCAACUCUCCUCGCCGACUUCUGGACACAUCUCACCCGCACUGACGGCGAAUUCUCCACUCGCGAGUCGCAAUCCCACCUCUCCACCCGCCUAGGCGACCUCCUACUCAAACAACUCACCCUCAUCGGCGCCCCGCAAAUGCUCAGCGCUCUCAUUCCGCUCGCCAAAGUCCAAACCCAGAACAAAGGCGAGGAGCAACGUGGCGAAUUGGACUUGUCGUCAUGGUCCUCUACGACUCUACCAGCCUUACACGCCCGAGGCAUCGAGACCAUAACAUCCAUCUACGGCGACCUAUGGCCGUCAAUCUUCAAGACGUUCGGCACACAUCGCCCCAUAGUGGGAUUCCACGAAUUGACCAUCGUAUACGGUUUGUACCUCUCAGACUUCACGCACAUGUCAGCGCUGGAAACCGAAAUCGUGGUCUCCACGAGCAUCACGUGUCAGGGCCUCAAAGGUCCGAGUCUUUGGCACGUCAGGGGUUUAGGACGUGUCUUGGGAGCGAGAGGGUCGGACGAGGAGACUCCCAAAAUGAGACGGAUCAAGGAUGUUAUUCGUGGAGUCAAGGUUGGGAUCGCGAGUGUCGUGGAAUUUCUAGGUCCCGAAAUGGUGCAGAGGUCAAGAUUGGAUGGCGGACCGGAUGGAUUGCAGGGGUGGCCGAAUGUGGGUGAUGUGCUUAGGGAUCUUGGUGGUUGGGGAGACGAUGAGUCGUGACCGAGCGCUAUUGGAUGGGGAGAAUAGGGUGGAAUCGUACGAGAUGAAGGAAC